UUUAUUUGCUGUACACCUUUGACACAUUCGUUCAUCCUCUUGCCAACACAACCUCGUUGCUCAUCUUCACCGAAGCACCUCAACCAUUUUCCCAACCAAACCUCCAUAGAGGAAAAAAAAUCCAGACUCUAGGCCUUCAUGGAUAGAGAACAAGAAGAGAUGCAAUUUCUUGGGUUCUUUGGCAUCUACAAAGAAGCCUCCAAGAUCAUACUUUCAUGGAGGAGAAUCUUCACCCAAAUCACCUCAACACUAAUCCUCCCUCUCUCCUUCAUCUUCCUCAUCCACAUGGAAAUCUCCAACCUCCUCUUCAGGAAGAUUCUCAUCAACGAAAUAGUCAUGGACGAAACAAAGCCUAACACACCUCAAUACAACAAGCUCGAUCACAUGAUCUCUUCAGAAAUGGUCACUCUUGUGGUCUUCAAAAUCGCAUACUUCACUCUGCUCCUCAUAUUCUCCCUCCUCUCCACCUCGGCAGUGGUCUACACCAUCGCCUCCAUCUACACCGCAAAAGACGUGACAUUCAAGAGGGUCAUGAGUGUUGUCCCUAAGGUGUGGAAGAGGCUCAUGUUGACCUUUCUAUGUGCCUUUGCUGCUUUCUUCGCUUACAAUAUCAUGACUGCGCUAGUUAUGUUCUUGUCCAUAGUCACAAUUGGGUUAAGUAGUGGUGGGCUUGCGGUUUUGGUUUCGAUAACGGUUUUGUACUUCAUUGGGUUUGUGUACCUCACCGUGGUGUGGCAACUAGCCAGCGUUGUCACUGUGUUGGAGGACUCGUGGGGGGUUCGAGCCAUGGCGAAGAGCAAGGAGUUGAUAAGGGGGAAGAUGGUUUUGUCCAUAUUCAUCUUUUUCACCCUUGUGGCUUCUUUUGUUUCCAUUAGGGUUUUGUUCAAGGUGAUGGUGGUGGAUGGAUGGAGGGUGAGUUCUUUGGACAAAACAGCAUAUGGGGUUCUCUGUUUCUUGCUAUUGUCUUGUUUGUUCCUCUUUGGGCUUGUUUUGCAAACUGUGCUCUACUUUGUUUGCAAGUCCUAUCACCAUGAGAAUAUUGACAAAUCGGCUUUGGCAGAUCAUCUUGAAGGGUAUCGUGGAGAGUAUGUGCCAUUGACGGCUAAGGAUGUUCAGCUGGAGCAGUACCAAGUUUGAUUUAUAAUAUAGCUUAAUUAGAUAAAUUAAAUUAAUCAUCAUCAUGUGUCUAGAUUGAUGAUGCGGUUAAUUAUAUCUGCUUUGGUUUCUUGAUGUCUUUAGAAAUAUCUUUUGUGUGUGAAAUUAAGGCAGGUGUGAAGUGAAUUUCAUUACUCUCUAUAUGAUUGGUUAUAUGUAUUUAAUUUUCUGUUUAAAAAUAGGACUCUUUUGCAAAGGUGUAUUAAUUAAUGCUAUGAGAUGACUUUAUUUCACAUCA